GGGUAAUCUGAUGGUCCAUCAGAACCUCGCUUCAUCCCUAAAAAGAUGGAGCCUUCGGGCGAGGAGCCGAAUGAUGAUGCAAAGGCGUCCAGCAAUGCGGAGUCUGUUGAGGACUAUGAAACCUUGAAAUAUCAACUGCUGGGACCGUCUUUGACCAAAGCGGGUCAGGAUGCCGUGGACCAGCGAAAGGUCUCGGAGAUCAUUUAUAAUGCCUCCAAAGGAUCCAAAUUCUUCAAUCAUGAGCAAAACCGAGACAAGGUCUUGACAGUCAAGAUUGAACGCAUUCUGAAAGAGAAAGCCCGUCUCGAGAAACUAGAUCUGUCGGCUGAUCUGCGACGCGCCGACCAGCUUCUUGCUGAGCUAGAACUGACGCGAGAUCUGUCGCAGCAUGUUGUUCACGUCGACUGUGAUGCUUUCUUUGCUGCAGUGGAAGAGCUCGACCGUCCAGAAUUGAAGACUGUCCCUAUGGCGGUCGGCAAGGGCGUGCUGACGACCUGCAACUAUGAGGCGCGGAAGUUCGGCUGUCGGAGCGGCAUGGCAUCGUUCGUGGCGAAGAAGCUGUGUCCUCAGCUGAUCUGUUUGCCUCAGAACUACGAAAAGUAUACUGCAAAGGCAAAGGAGAUCCGCGCCAUCUUCGCACAAUAUGAUCCUACAUUCGAGAGCGCUAGUAUUGACGAGGCUUAUCUCAAUCUGACUGCAUAUUGUACCGAAAAUGAGCUUGAUCCCGAGGAGGCGGUCCAGCGCAUGCGGGCAGAGGUCUUGGAAAAGACCAAGAUUUCGGUCUCUGCUGGCAUUGCGGCAAAUGCAAAAAUAGCCAAGAUCGCAUCCAACAAGAAUAAGCCGAACGGCCAAUUUUGCGUACCUAACGAGAGAGAAGCGAUCAUGAAGUUCAUGGAGGAGCUACCCGUCCGCAAGGUGAACGGUGUUGGUCGUGUCUUCGAACGUGAACUUGAUGCGAUCGGUAUUAAAACAUGCGGCGACAUUUAUCCGCAGCGUGCCAUUUUGACCAGGUUAUUCGGAGAAAAAGCGUUUCAUUUCUUGGUGCAAUGCUACCUUGGCUUAGGUAGAACGAAAAUACAGCCGGUGGAGAACUAUGAGCGCAAGAGUGUGGGAACUGAGAGGACGUUCCACGAGAUCGGGAAUAAAGAGGAGUUCAGAGCCAAGCUGUGGUCGAUAGCCGAGGAGCUUGAGAAAGAUCUGGCGCGAACUGAGUUCAAGGGGCGUACACUGGUUCUCAAAGUUAAGCUCGCUACAUUUGAGGUGUUGUCACGACAAUGCCAGCCUCCACGGGCGGUCUCGACUGCCAAAGAUCUGUAUGCGUUCUCACUUCCGAUGCUGGAGAAGCUUGAAAAGGAAAUGCCUGAUCUGAAAAUGCGCCUCCUUGGUCUCCGGUGCACCAACCUCGUGAGCACGAAGAAAGUUGGGAUCGAGCUCUUCGGCUUCACUUCGCGGCCGAAGCCUGCUUCAGACAUGUCGACCGAUCCUCCGGUUGAACAGGAGAUCGAGACAGAGGAGGCCUUUGAGAAAGCGGCACGGGAGGAACUACAAGAGGAGCUCGAUGAUUUGGAGAAGCUGAGCCAGGAGGUAUCCGAGGCCACAGAAUCGAAGCAGGAUGAGGAAGGAGUGGAUGCAUCACAGCCUGUAUAUUGGGAUUGCCCGAUUUGUUCUCGACCUCAGGUGGCGGAAGAUCGUGCAUUCAAUGACCAUGUGGACUACUGCCUAUCAAGGCAGACGAUCAAGGAGGCUGUCCAAGGUGCCUCGAGUGAUGCUCCGCCUGAGCCUCUGGCUGCAUCGAAGACACGUAAGCGAAGAGCGACGGAAUCACCGGAUCCGCGACAGAAACGGUUGUUCUUUUCGUGAUGACUUCUCUAUAGUCCACAGUAUACUAGUUCCCGCAGAGCCGGGCUCGUCUUGCAGCCCAGGUCAACUUGCAGGAGUAGGUACCGUCAGUCUACUUCGAAUAUUCUCAGAGCGAUUAACGGCAUGGCAGCCGCUCUGCAACUCACAUCCCGCACUCGAUGCCGGCCACGGUGGCAUUGCGUCUGACACCGACAUGACAGACGCUUCCAGUCUUUCGGGAAAGAAGUGAUCAAUCAGAUCUACAUGAUCUGAUCACGAGAAACAACCAUCCAUUCCCAACGGUCAAUACCUACCCGUUUUCGCGACCUCCUUCAUAAGGAGCUUCUCGGUUAUAAAAUUCACUAUGUGCAGCUUGUUUAUAAUGUUGGAAUUCACGAUAGCUUUACCAUCGCAGGCUUGUAUAUCGGAGAGAACGAUAGAACCUUAUCAUCACUGCUAUCUACUAAAUGACAGAUCAACCAUCGGGUACCUGGCGUUGAUGAAGAAAUAUAUCAUUGCCAAUAAUAUCGCUGUAAGGCAGUAUUGCAUGCAUGAAGGGGUUGUUGUUUAUGCUGCAUCGAUUAAUUGUUGGCUGGCACCCAGCCAGACGGUUCUAUUAAUAGGUUAAUUAAGGGUUAGUUA